AUAGUAAGUAGUACUAUAGUACAUACACUCCCCCCAUGCAAUUUACCACUACACACUUAUAACACUCAACAAAAAAAAUCUUUCCCUCUAACAAACUUUCCUUUCUCAUCAAAUCCAAAUCUCGAUCUCAUUUUCUCACUUUCUUCUUUUGUCACAUUACCACUUUCGACUACUCGUAACUGACUUCGAAAACAAGUUAAGCUCAGCUCAAAUCAGAUCGAGACCGAACACGAAAGAAGAACGAUGGGGAGAGCGCCGUGUUGCGAGAAGGUGGGGAUGAAGCGAGGGAGGUGGACCGAAGAAGAAGAUGAUAAGUUGAUGAAGUACAUUCAAGAAAAUGGGGAAGGAUCUUGGAGGGCAAUGCCCAAGAAUGCAGGGUUAUUAAGGUGUGGAAAGAGUUGCAGAUUAAGGUGGAUUAAUUACUUAAGAUCUGAUUUAAAGAGAGGAAAUAUCACACCGGAAGAAGAAGAGACCAUUAUUAAACUCCGUUCGACAAUGGGUAAUAGGUGGUCCAUGAUUGCUGGGCAACUACCAGGAAGAACCGACAAUGAGAUUAAAAACUAUUGGAACUCUCAUUUGAGCAGGAAAAUCCACACUUUUCGGAGGCCUAAUUGCGACCCUAGUAGUGGUGGCAAAAUCGUAAUUAACAUGAGCAACGCCGCCGCGCCACCUAAGCGCCGCGGCGGCCGAACUAGCCGAGCCGCUAUGCAAAGGAAUAGAAACAACAAAUCCCUCAACACCACCACCGCCACCGCCGCCACCACCACCAACAACAAGAUUACCAAUAUUAACAACAAUGUUUUAGUAACAAUGGGUCCCACCCAUGAGAUUAGUAAUAUUAAUAAUAAUGAUAGUAAUAAAGAAGAGAUGGGAAAUGAGAAUUUAAUGUUUAGUGAUGUCCAAGAAUCAGAGUUGUUGGGUAUUGAAGACAUAAUGGGCCUUGAUGGGCUUUUAGCAACCACAAAUGAGGACAGUGGACUUGAAAGUGAUGGUGGUGUGGGCCCCAGUGAGAGUAAUGGGCCUAUGGGAAUGAGCCCAUUUGCAGCAGCAGAUCAUCAAGAUCAUCAAGAUCAUCAUCAUAAUCAGAAUAAUAUUAAUGUGAGCUCAUCUACAGGAUCUAACGGUGGAGGAUCAGGAUCAACGGCUUCAUCAUCAUCAAACUUUGAUCAUCAAGAUCAUGGAGGGUUUGAUUGGGAUUGGGAAAUAGGGACCGUUGAUUAUGUGGGACCAGAGUUUAAGCUGUGGGAUGAGAAGGAGCAGUUCAUUUCUUGGUUAUGUGAAAAUGAUGAUCAUAUAAUACAACAAGCUGAUCAUCAACCUGUUUUUUCUGAUCUUAAUUCUGCUGAUUUAGAUGCUGAGAAAGAACAAGCUAUGUUUGCUUGGCUUCUUUCUUAAAUAUAUAAAAUAAUAAAUAAAAAAAAAAAGAAAAAAAAAGUUGUGACUUUUUGUAAGUUGUGUGUAUGUCUCUUUAUUUGGUGUUUUUGAUGUUGACUUUGGUUUCGUAUCUCAAUAUUGUCCCUCUUUUUUGGUUGGUGUAGUUA